AUGAAAGUUGCGUGGGACACACUGGUGCGGUGCUACAAUGGUGAUGCAUCAGUGAAGAAGGUGAAACUUCAGUUUCUAUGUAAGCAGUAUAAGAAUCUUAGCAUAAAGAACAAUGAGAAGGUACUUGACUACAUCUUUAUAGUGAUUCUGAUCAUAAAUAAGAUGAAGUCGUGUGGAGAAACUCUCUCUGAAGAAAGUAACAUUGAGAAGAUACUUAGAUCUCUUACUCCUCAUCUUGAUUACAUCGUUGUAGCAAUUGAACAUUCUAAGGAUCUGAGCACCGUGAGAAUAAAAGAGUUGCAAAUCAGUAUCGAGGCGCAAGAGUUGCGUUUGACUGAAAGAACUUCUGAGAGAGAGGUAGAGCAAACUCUGAAAGCUUCUUUUGUCAAGAAAGACCAGAAGCAAUCUUGGUCAGAAGCCAAGAAAAGACAUGGUAGGUCUCAGAAGUCAGAAACCUCAACUUCUGGGAGUCAGAAGGGAAAGGAGAAGUAUGAUAAGAGAAAAGUUCAAUGUUAUUGUUGUAAGAAGUUUGGCCACUUCGCUGCAGAUUAUUGGUCAAACAAGGAGAGAAAAUCAAAAGAACCGAAUAUAACCAGAAGUUAUGAUGAUGAACAUGUGUUAUUAAUGAAUUCUGGUUCUAAUAGCGUGUCUCUAGAAGAUUGA